AUGAUUAUCGGAUAUGAUGGAAGUCAAAAUUUCGCAAAAAAAUUUGUGAAUCUAACCAAAGAAUCGAAAAAGGAACUUGAAAGUAUUUUAAAGAAGGAAAAUUUAACUAAGCGAGAACUUGAUGAUAAACUCGAUGCAUGGGCCAAAAAAUUGGGUGGUUCCACUUUGACGACGUACAACCGAGUGAAGAACUUUACUGAAGAGAUGGAAAGACAAUUUCUAGAAAAAAUUAAGGAAUCCCGGCUAAGCGAUGAACUGAAAGAGAAAGCGAACCAAUUGCACACAGUUAAAACCAAUAAAAACUUAACACUGGCACAAAUAAAGCAAAAAGUUGAAGAAAUUAAAAAAGGACUAAAGAAGGAGGAUCUGAAACAAAUUAGAAAUGUAAUGCAUGAACUUAUGCGAGUCAUGCAACAACGCAAAACACGGAAUGCAGGCUGCAUGAGCGAAAAUGCUUUAUCAAAUGUUGAUUGCAAAAAUGCUAAACAAUUUAUGGCGAUUAUUUCAAAUACGACAGCAACAAAGCAACAAAUUAGCGAUGAAAUUUUGAAAUGGAAAAGUUCUCAAAUCCCAGAAAAAAAAAUUGAUGUUCUUAUGAGUGAUUUGGAAGUGCUUGGAGAUUUUGUAGAAAAACAAAUGGAACAAUCGUCGUUAAGUGAAUCGGCGAAAAAAGCGAUUGGAGAAUUGGGUACAAUUUUCGGUGACUCAAAUCUAACACCAAUUGACGAAGGACGACAAAUUAAUGAAAUCUUCAGUCGUUUACCAAGUUCGGUUAAAGAAGAAAUCACCAGCUUCAUUGCCGGAUUAGUUAAUGAACUAAUUGAAAACCAUAGCUUUUUGCCUCGCAGUGAAUAA